CCCGUAGCUACAGCAGAGCCAAAUCUGCCUGGCUUGGCAUUAUUGAACAGCGUGGGAUUUGGUUGGAGAAAAAAAAAUCUGCCUUUAAUUUCGGAAUCUGAGUGCGAUAAAGUCGAGUUUCAGGAUGUACAGUUUCAUGGGAGGAGGGUUAUUCUGCGCUGGGGUGUCCAACAUCCUCUUGGUGGUUUCUACGGCAACGGAUUAUUGGAUGCAGUACCGCCACUCCAACAAUAACAUGCACCAGGGCCUGUGGCGUUACUGUGUGCCCGGGAAGUGCAUGACCCACACAGACAGCAUAGCCUACUGGGAUGCCACCAGGGCCUUCAUGAUCCUCUCCAUCCUGGCCUGCUUCUUCGGUAUUGUCAUCGGGGUCAUGGCUUUCAUACACUACUCUUCAUUCGACGGCUUCGACAAAACCUUUGCUUCCGGAAUCCUCUUCUUCAUCUCCUGCUUCUUCGUGCUAUUGGCCAUGGCUGUAUACACAGGAGUGACAGUCAACUACUAUGGCAAACGAUACGGGAACUGGCGAUUCUCCUGGUCGUACAUAAUGGGCUGGGUGUCUGUGGUGCUGACAUUCUUCUCAGGUAUCUUCUACAUGUGUGCCUACCGAAUGCACGAGUGCCCACGGAACUCUGGCUCCCGCUAGAAGAGUUCCAACCCAACGUUCUCUCCAGGAAGUUCCACUCAGAUGGUCCCUCAAGCGCAUCACAAUCCAAGUUUCAG